AUCCGCUUUCGGGUAAAAAAUUAAAGAAAAGCUGAGAGCAUCGGCGCUUUUGUUUUGGCGAAGCAAAACGUGAGGCACUGGCUGCUUCUGUGACGCAAGCCGUAGCGUGAGAGGAGCUUCGAACCAGAUAGCAGGCCCCUAAUCCACUCGGAGUCGGAGUUCGAUCUCUUAACAUCCAAACUCUCGAGAUGGAUGAUCCAGAGCUAGAAGCCAUUAGGCAAAGAAGAAUGCAAGAAUUGAUGUCACAACAUGGCAUGGGUAGUCAGCAAAAUGCAGGACAACAGAAAGCACAAGAAGAUGCCAAAAGGGAAGCAGAAGAACGUAGACAGUUGAUGCUUAGUCAGAUAUUGUCUGCUCAAGCGAGAGAAAGAUUAGCUCGUAUUGCUUUGGUGAAGCCUGACAAGGCAAGAGGAGUCGAAGAUGUGCUUCUUAGAGCUGCUCAAACGGGACAGAUCUCUGAAAAGGUAUCUGAAGAGAGACUUAUUUCACUUCUUGAGCAGAUCAACAACCAAACAAGUAAACAGACCAAAGUUACCAUUCAAAGGCGUCGGAGUGUUCUUGAAGAUGAUGAUUGAGUCUAGAUCUCUUCCUACUGUCUUUUGGUGGUUCAAGGUAGUUUUUUUUUUUUCGGGUAGAGUGUGGUUCAAGGAGUUAAUAGUGGGCAUAUUGUUGUAAAUGAUUGACGGCUCAAUCUCUUCCUACAGUAUAUUAUCGCUUGAUGAAAACUUUAACUACUUUUGAAUGAACUUUGUAGGGGUGUCUACUCUUCAAAUUUAAGCACUUUGCUCUUCUAGUGUAACUUGUUUUACUUAAUGAUUUGAAGUAAUGUUGGGAUGACCGAUCA